UAUGGAAAUAAUAAAUUUAAGAAUAGGAAAAUGAGAAAAAGAGAGAAAGCAACAGGGACAGAUUUGCUCUUCCUGAGCGCUAGUAGAUUGGGAAAUAUCACCAGGGGAGUCUCACAGGCUUUGGGGCAGCAGAGUCAGCAAUGUGAGGGAUGCUAGUGCUUUUCCUCUUCAGGGGGAUCUUAGUUUGGGGGUCGCAGCUCAGUGGUCAGAGCACCUGCUUUGCAUGCAGAAGGUCCCAGGUGAGGCUAGGCAUCUAUCUCCCUUGCCUGAAACCAUGGAGAGCUACUGCCAGUCAUUGCAGACAGCACUGAUUCAAAGGGACCUUAAUGGUCUGAUUCAGUAUGAAGCAACUCCUUAUGCAUUCCUUCCUUUGUCUUUGGGGGGGGGGUUGCUCCCUAUUUCUGCCCGUGCAAACAAAUGGACCAAAAGUGCACAUUCUCUCAUGCAGAGUCAGGAAAAGGGGUCUUGGUUGGGAAUACCCUCGAGGGCAGAAUAUUUGUAUACUGCGAUUUGGAUCAUGGGGAGUCAUUUUGAAGUGCCCCUUCAUCCAACCUGCCUGUUCUCUUUUCUUGUCGGGUCAGGUGAAAGGGCUUACUCAGAGCUGUAGCUACGGGGGAGCUAGCAAGGGUUUUUGCCCAGUUGAAGCCUCCAGUGGGGUGCCAUUGAGGCUCCCAGUCUCUCUCUCCCCGCCCCGUCUGUACACAAGUACGGAUGGGGAGUGUGCCAAACUGGGUCUUUGACUCGGGUGAAAUAAAGCCUGGUUUUGCCCCUGGUUGCUAUCCAGUUGCAGCCCAGCAAUUAUCACUUAAUAGGGUGUUACCCAAUACCACCUAUCCAAGAUAGCAGAUCCACACUUGGCCAAAGUGUUACAUAAGACGUGGGAGGAGACGCUGCAGAGCACCCUGGCUGCUGUGACACCCAAUGGGAGAGGUAUAAAGUUGGGCACCUUUGAAGGAGACAGCAUCUUCCUCUGCCCAGCUGCUUUUCUCUUGACAGCACGCAAGGAGCAAGAGGAGGCACCCGCAGGAUGAGGUCCACCAUGCACAGCCUUUUGAUGCUCCUGCUUUGCUCAUUCUGCGUUCGGGCAGACAUUGCCAUGCAACCAGACUUCGAUCUGCAGAAGUUUUCAGGGAUGUGGCACAUCAUGGCCGGAUCGUCAAACUGCCCUGUAUUCCAGGGCAUGAAGAGCCUCAUGACAACAUCUGCUGCUCUAGUCAAACCCCUUCCAAACGGUGACAUGAAAAUACUUACUGGCUACCCUUUCCCUGAGGAGUGCAAGAAGGUAGAGAUGUACUUUAAGAAGACAGACCAGCCUGCACACUUCACAAACGACGAGAAUGCCAAGAGAGAUAUGCGGGUGCUGGAAACCGACUACACCAACUUUGCCCUCCUCUACACCUUCAAGGAGAUUGAAGAUGAGCCCAGCAGCACCACCGUCCAGUUGUACACCCGCACUCAAGACAUCAGCAAUGAAGUGCUGGAGAAGUUCAAGGAGCAUUACCACAAGGUGGGGCUCACAGAUGACCUGAUGGUAAUCCUCCCCAAGUCUGGUGAGUACAGCAUUUGUGAUUUGUUUUCCUUUCAGCCUGUCUGGUUUAGCAUGGUGCUGGUACUCACCAUGAAGUUGCUACAGUAAUCUCACACUUUUAACAUUUGGGAAAAAAAGGUACCAGUGCUGCAUACCUUUGAGUGCCCCCAGAAAAAAAACAUUGCUCAUUGCGAGGAUAACACUGAUUCCCACAAAUUGAUCCAGAGGUUGGGUUAUGAGUGAAAUGGCAGCAAAGGAAUGGGCCAGGUGAGAUUUUCCAAGCUAGCAUAUCCAUUGGGUAUAAGCCAUACCACCAGACAUAUUUUUUAAAAAAACAAAAACAAAAAGACAACCUACUUGUUUUGCCUAGUGGGAGUCAAUCCUGACCAUUAAGGCCUCCCAUGCUUGCUUGACAACUGGAUUUCCUAAAGUCACACCUCUGUGUUCUAAUAUUCAUGAACUUC